GUGUUAAAGCAACUGCAGUAAGACAUCUAAAAAGCCUAAUCACAUCUGAUUGCAUGUUCAGUUCAUUAACAUAAAGAAAUUUUGUUUGCAGCUCUGCUGUGAGUAUUUAUGUGUAAAAAUAAAAACAGCAAAUCUGCAGAGUUAAGUGCAACUUUCACCUCUGUUUGUUUGUGGGUGUGAACAGACUGUGUUUGUUCUCAGAUGCAGCAGAAAGACGUACCAGAAAACACACAGUGGCCUCAGUUACUGAAGCACAAUGGCACACAUACACAGUGUAUACACACUCCUGCUCAGCGCAUUUCUAACAGGGUGUGUGUGUGAAUCAGACCUGACUGUGUGGCAGAAUCCUGAAAGAAUUAACGCAAUAGAGGGUCAACCUGUGAACAUAAACUGCAGUUUCAAAUUUAAUUCUACUACAGAGCUGCUAAAGGUUAAAUGGCUCAAAAAUAAUACAGAGGUAGAUAAACAUGAACCAUAUAACAUUUCUGCUCUAAGAUCACAGAACUUUAACAGCAGAACUGUUUCCCAAACAUCAGUUUUGCACUUACCAUCAGUGCAGUUGAACGACAGUGGCACCUAUUACUGUAAAGUAUGGUAUGAUGUGCCAUUGCUCGGUGUAAAGAUUUCUGAACAAGGCACGGAGCUAAGAGUGGUGCCUGUGAAUUUCACCAUAGUCACCAGUCCAGCUCCACCAAAGCCGUUUGCUGUUACAAUUAUGGGAGUAUCAGCAUUAGGCUUAGUGCUGAUGACUGCCUGCAUCACAGCUGCCCUAUGUAUUACAUACAAGCGUCGGCGUAAGAGACCAAAAGACGAGGGUGAAGACCAGCCUGCCCAGAGAGAAGAUGAUUCGUCUGUCCUGUACGCUGCUCUGAAGAUCCUCAAACCUGAGGACAGGAAAAACACACAGGCAAUCCAACAAGAGCUGAAUCAGGACUGUUCGACUGAUAACGAGGUUUUAUACUCCGGCAUUCGCUUGAAACCACAAAAACAGAAACACACAACGCACUCAGAAUAAACCUUUUCUAAAGCAAAUAAAAGUGAAAUGUGUGUAAAAAAAAGACUAGAAGUAACUUAAAGUGUGUUUCAGGAAUAAUCUAAUUUAUCAUAAUUUACAGUACUGAACUCAUUAUGAAAUAUUUGUAUUAAAUAAAAAGCUUAAAACUGGUGUGUGUGUGUGUGAUUUUCUUUUCUACCACAGUUUUCUUAAUUUUUAAUACAGAAUAAAAAUAUUUAUACCUGUUUUCUGGAAAUAUUAGGCUAGGUGUAGGAGCAAAAAAACAACUAGUUCUAUAGAUAUCUAUAGAUGGUUGUUGGUUUCUCGUUUGUCUGUAUUGUGCACUCCUAGCGUUCAGUUAACUGGGCCACUGUGUGAAAGUGAGUAUGAACAGACUGCAUUUGAACUAAUAGGCUGGUGAUGCUGGAGUUAAGAGACAAAUAAACACUGUGUACACACUAGUCCUCCUCCUCCUCCUCCUCUUCCUUAGUGUGUUUAUAACAGGUAAGAGCUCACUCUGACACUCACUUUAUAUUUAUAUUAAGUGUCUGCCUUUCUGUCUGUCUCUAGGGUGUGUGUCAGGGUCAGCAUGUCACAAUCAACUGCCAUUUCACAUGAAAAUCAUCCUGGGGAAUUCAAACUGAACAAUAUCAUAUUUCUGCUGUACAAACCAAACUCAUGUCCUCUUAUAUGCCUGUCUAUGAUGUUUCUUAUUUUUUCAUGUGCUGUACAUUGGAUGACCUAAAAAACAAGAAUGUGUGUGUAAAAAUAUGUACAUUCUUAAAAAUUAAAGGAUAACAAAAGUUUAUUUGUGUCAUGCCACUAAAAAUGGCUUUUAUUUCAAUAUAUAAGCAGGUUUGUAACAGAGAUGUGUGUGUGUGGAGAACGUUCAAACUAGUAAAUUACAUUUACAUGUUGCAGAGCUUGAUUUAACUGUUAAAAGAUUCUACAAAUUUACACAUAUAACAG